AUGGACUUUGCAAAGUGCGAGUGCUGUGGGCGGACAGACGAGUGCUGUGGGCGGACAGAGGAGUGCACGCCGGCGUACAUCGUGCGGGUGCUCGAGCGGUACAGCAGGCAGUGGGUCCGUGGCCUCGGUGGCGAGGCUGUCAAGGAAGAGAUCCGGCAUGUCAGGUGGUGGUUCUCCAUGGAGGAGGCGCUCCGCCGACACAUGAGCUUCUCAAGGGAAUUCCGAUCGGCGUCGCCACUGCCCAACCCAGUGAAGGGCCACAUAGCCACCAUAAGCCACCACAAGCCACCACCUUCGCCAAAGCCUCACCAAGGGCUCUCCGCUCCACCCCACCAAUCCUGCGAAAAGGAUGACGACGAUGAUGGCGACGGCGGCCGCCCCUGCUCGCUCGCCCACUACGAGAGCUGCUUUCCAUCUUUGCCUUGUCCAUAA